AUGGUCUUUCUUACCGAGAAAAACUCCAUUGUUGAUACACACACUCAGGGAGUUAUAGACAGUCACGUUGUUGCGGUGAAAUACUUGACAAGCUCCGAUCUAUCGGAGAAAGCGAGGCUGGAUUUCGAGAAUGAGGUGUCCACGAUUUGCCUGCUCCAACACAAAAACGUUGUCAGGCUUUUCGGGUUUUGCUCCGAGAAAGAACACAAGCUCAUCGUCUGCGAGCUCGUCGAGAAUGGGAACCUCUCGGACGCCUUGUUUGAUACAACAUUUGUGUGGGUGUUGCCCAAGGUUUGGCAUACUUGCACGGAGAAACAUCGCAGUGGCUAUCUAGCUCCAGAGUAUGCUCUCUAUGGUCAGCUCACCGUGAAGGCCGACGUCUAUUCGUUUGGGAUUCUUGUUCUUGAGAUCAUAAGUGGAAGAAAAAACAUGGACUUCAGCGAGUUUUUCUUGCUCGAAUGGGCAUGGAAUGCAUUCCAAAGUGGCAAUCUCCAAGAGAUCAUUGACAAGAGACUGGAGGUGGGUGAGCGAGAGAUUCACGAGAUCAAGCGAGUGUUCACAGUUGCUCUCCACUGCACACAAGCCAGUCAAAACAAGCGCCCAGUGAUGUAUAAAGUGGUGGGGAUGCUCAUGGGUGACAUGGACAUCAGUGGCACCAUCUCAAAGCCUGGCUUCCUCUGUGAUUUAAGGCAAAACUCUGAGCAGACCAGCAUCAGUUAG